GUUAUAAGAUUAGGUAGAAGUACAAAACCUCAAUAUAUAAUAUGUCUAAGCAGAGGUUGGAAGGCAAGGUGGCCAUCAUCACUGGCGCGGCCAGUGGGAUCGGCGAGGCCACCGCAAGGAUCUUCACCACCCACGGCGCCCUCGUCGUCAUCGCCGACAUCCAGGACGAGCUGGGCGCCGGCGUCGUCGCCUCCAUCGGCCCCGGCAAGUGCAAGUAUAAGCGCUGCGACGUGCGCAACGAGAAGGAAGUAGAGGAGCUCGUGGACUUCACCAUUAAGGCCUACGGCCGGCUCGACAUCAUGUUCAGCAACGCCGGCAUCUCGGAGAAGCUAACCAGCACCAUUCUGGAUGUGGACUUCGCCGUGCUCGAUAAUGUCAUCGCCGUGAACGUCCGCGGCGUAGCUGCGACGAUCAAGCAUGCAGCGAGGGCGAUGGUGGCCAGCGGGACGCGAGGAUCGAUCAUAUGCACGGCGAGCAUCGCGGUGACGAAGGGCGGAUUCGGGCCGGCGGUGUACACAGCGUCGAAGCUUGCGGUGGUCGGGCUCGUGCGGUCGGCAGCAGCGGAGCUUGGAAGGCAUGGAAUACGGGCGAACUGUGUGUCGCCGGGCGGCGUGGUAACGCCGCUGGCUCUGAGUCUUUGUGGGUGGAGCCAGAGUCAGGUGGAGGAGUUUGCCGGGGCCAUGAUGGUGUUGAAGGGAGGAGGGCCGUUGAAGGCAAGUGAUAUUGGGGAGGCUGCACUCUUCCUGGCGUCCGACGAGUCCGCGUUUGUCACCGGACAAAACCUGAUGGUUGAUGGUGGCGUGACUGCUGUUGGUUCGAGGCCUGCAUCCCGGGUGGAAUGA